ACCAUACUCAAGUAUGAGUGCACCCUUAUUUAUUUAUUAGGUUACCAUAGGUACACAGCAACUAAGAACAGUUCAGUUCCUGACAUCUCGUAAUUUUGAGCGAUUUAAAAUUAAUUUCAAAAAAAGACUAAACCAAUGGCAUUCAGAACAACUGCUGUCGCAUGCAACAGUAUGAAGAAAUGGGCUUACAACCUCGCUGGGUUCAACAAGUAUGGCCUCGUGCGAGACGACUUGUUGUAUGAAAACGAGGACGUAGUGGAAGCACUCCGCCGCCUUCCCGAUCAUGUUCUUGAUGAACGCAACUACCGUCUGAUUAGAGCCGUGCAACUAAGCUCACAGAAGACCGUCCUGCCUAAAGCGGAGUGGACCAAACUUGAAGAAGACGUGCUGUAUCUGUCCCCUAUCGUCGCACAGGUCAAGAAAGAGAGGGAAGAGCGCGAGAAGUGGGAAAGUCUUUACUAA